ACAAUUCUAAAAUCAAUAAUCCUGUCCCUUCUCUGCAUGGUGAAAUUUCUUAAAAAUCCGACCUAGAAUUUCUAAAACGCACCAGCUCUAUUUUUCCUAACGGAGCCCCCUUUCCAAGGCUGUUUAGAACUCACUUAACCACUGUUCUCAAAGCUGCAGUCUAUCUACUGGCCAUUCAUUCAGAAUUGGGGCAGCUACUUCAGCAGCUGAAUGAGGGAUCUCUACAUCAGCUGUUAAGAUCAUGGGCAGAUGGUCUUCCUAAGCAUUUGAAUCAUACAUUAGACCUGAUUCAAAACCAUUAUUGAAGCUCAGCAAGCUCUCCUGUAACUAAUCAGGUAAAUUCAUGCAAUUACUGGUGGUGGUGUUACUAUAUCUGUAUGGUCUUUCAAGGCCUGUCUGUGUCUGCCUAUCGUGACUAUUUCUGUACGGUCUAUCGAGACCUGUCCGUGUCCGGCUAUCAUGGCUAUUUUUCUGUAUGGUCUAUCAAGGCCUGUCCCAUGUCUGCCUAUUGUGGCUAUCUGUGUCUGGCCUAUCGUGGCUAUUUCUGUACGGUCUAUCGAGACCUGUCCGUGUCCGGCUAUCAUGGCUAUUUUUCUGUACGGUCUAUCAAGGCCUGUCCCAUGUCUGCCUAUUGUGGCUGUCUGUGUCUGCCUAUCGUGGCUAUUUCUGUACGGUCUAUCGAGACCUGUCCGUGUCCGGCUAUCAUGGCUAUUUUUCUGUAUGGUCUAUCAAGGCCUGUCCCAUGUCUGCCUAUUGUGGCUAUCUGUGUCUGGCCUAUCGUGGCUAUUUCUGUACGGUCUAUCGAGACCUGUCCGUGUCCGGCUAUCAUGGCUAUUUUUCUGUACGGUCUAUCAAGGCCUGUCCCAUGUCUGCCUAUUGUGGCUAUCUGUGUCUGGCCUAUCGUGGCUAUUUCUGUACGGUCUAUCGAGGCCUAUCUGUGUCUGGCUAUAAUGGCUAUUUCUGUACGGCCUAUCGAGGCCUGUCCGUGUCUGCCUAUCGUGGCUGUCUGUGUCUGGCCUAUCGUGGCUAUUUCUGUACGGCCUAUCAAGGCCUGUCCGUGUCCGGCCAUCAUGGCUAUUUUUCUGUAUGGUCUAUUGAGGCCUGUCCUGUGUCUGCCUAUUGUGGCUAUUUCUGUAUGGCCUAUUGAGGCCUGUCUGCGUCUGCCAUUGUGGCUGUCUGCGUCUGGCCUAUCGUGGCUAUUUAUGUACGGCCUAUCGAGGUCUGUCUGCGUCUGCCUAUCGUGGCUAAUCAUGGUCUAUCGAGGCCUGUCUUGCGUCUGCCUAUCGUGGCUGUCUGCGUCUGGCCUAUCGUGGCUAUUUCUGUUGGUCUAUCGAGGCCUGUCCGUGUCUGGCUAUCAUGGCUAUUUUUCUGUAUGGUCUAUCAAGGCCUAUCUGUGUCUGGCCAUCAUGGCUAUUUCUGUACGGUCUAUCUAGGCCUGUCUGCGUCUGCCUAUUGUGGCUGUCUGUGUCUGGCCUAUCGUGGCUAUUUAUGUAUGGUCUAUCGAGGCCUGUCUGUGUCUGGCUAUCAUGGCUAUUUUUCUGUACGGUCUAUCGAGGCUGUCUGUUUCUGCCUAUCAUGGCUAUUCUGUAUGGUCUAUCGAGGCCUGUCUGCGUCUGCCUAUCGUGGCUGUCUGCGUCUGGCCUAUCGUGGCUAUUUCUGUUGGUCUAUUGAGGCCUGUCUGUGUCUGCCUAUCGUGGCUGUCUGCGUGAGGCCUAUCGUGGCUAUUUAUGUUGGUCUAUCGGGGCCUGUCUGUGUCUGCCUAUCGUGGCUGUCUGCGUCUGGCCUAUCGUGGCUAUUUAUGUACGGUCUAUUGGGGCC